GCUGUCACAGGUCAUGCUACAGGACAGGCCAGGCUGACAGCAGCGUGUGAAGCCCAGGGUCUGCAGGCAGGGUUGUGGUGGAAGAAGAGGAGGCUCUGGCUCGGGGAAUUUUCCAUCGCACGGCUGGAGGAACAUGGAAACGCCAAGGCUGACCCGGCCUUCCCCGCCCAGCCCACCAGAUGACAUCACAGCCGCGGUCCCGACCUUGAGCAAAACCUGUCAACACGGAGGCCCCGGAGAACACUGUUGCACCAACAGAGGACGGUCAAGAGGAACAGCUGAAGCUCCCAGCCCGCCCGCAGUCCUGACAGUUCCACCGUAGAGCUUGACGGACAUGGAGAGGCCAGUCCCGCAGAUAAAUAUUUCAAAAACAGACGAGGAGCUCCCAGCCCCGUCGAGCUCCGCAAGGUCAAGGUCACACUCCUGCCAGGACAGGGAGAGCCGCCCCGCGGGGCUCCCUCCGGAAGAUGAGCCGACGGAGCCGGGGGCGAGGAGACCCCGGUCGAGGUCCUUUUACAGUUUCGAGACGUCCAAGAGCACCAGCGAUGGACCCCUGACCAGGUCCAACGCCAUGAGGCCGCGAUCUAAGUCUCUCCUGAGCGGCGAUGGGAUGCUGUCCUGGCUGCAGUUCCGGAGACCCAGGACAAACUCCAGCGGCAAAAAGCCGCCAUCGAAAGACCUAGAUGGAAGUGGAAAGAAUGUGCUAAACAUUCCAAUUCUGACCAUUUCGGAAUCAGACAACUGGGAAGUUAGUUCAUCCUCCACAAUGAAAUACUGGCAAUUCGUAGACUGGGAAAAAAUGGAGCCUAAAUCUGCCCUAAACUACCAGAAGAUCUUACAGAGUGACUGCAAGCAACUGAAGAGCAUGGCCAGAGCAGGUUUUUGGUCCACAAGCCACACUCUGAGAGCCAAGGCCUACCACCACAUCAUCCAUGGCAUCAGCUGUAGGUCUGUCACCCCAGACAGGGAGAUCUACCAGCAGCUCUCUGAGAAACUGUUUGGGAAGAAGAAAACGAGCACUCACCCUUUCCCAGAAUACAUGGAGAAUGGCGCAAUCCCCAUGUACUGUCUCAGCAAGACUGGGGUCAACUCGGUCAGGAAGAUUCUCCUUUGUAUCGCGGCACAUUUCCCCGAUAUCACACACUGCCCAGUCCUGCCGGCCCUGGUGUCUCUGCUUCUGCAUUUCAGUGAGGACGAAGCGGAGUGCUUCCACAAUGUGUGCAGACUCAUUGCUUACAAUGACCCGGACAAGCGCUACAUAGACCAGACGUUCCUCGCCCACAGAGCCUCCUGCAUGACUUUCCGAGACCUCGCCAACAAAUACUGCCAUGGUGCCCACAAGCUCAUCGCCACCUCCAACCAGAGUCUGUUUGACAUCUACUCAGAUUGGAUAAUGUGGAUCUUUGGUGCCGGGCUUCCAUUUGAGUACGCCAUCCGGGUCUUGGAUGUGUUCCUGCUGGAAGGCUACAAAGUACUCUACCGGGUUGCUCUGGUUCUGCUCAGUCUCUACAAAGGUUCUGUGCCCUCCACGCCCUCCCACAUUGCCAAUAUCAGACAAGACAUCAUGAGCUUUGUAGGGAACAUCUCUUGCCAUAUCACAGUGGACAAGCUGCUGGAGAAGGCCUUCAGCAUCCGCCUCUUUUCACGCAAAGAAAUCAACCUGCUCUUGUCUGCUAACAUGAGCGCCCUCCUGCAGAAGGGCAUUAGCAUUCAUCAGAAGAGGAUGUCCGUACAUCUAGCAGUGGAUCUGGAUAACUUCAGCUCCAGUAUUGUCACUGGACAGGAGAUGAGGAUGGUCUGGUCCUGGAUUCCAGAGCGCUUUGCCCUGUUCCAACCCAUCAUGCUGUUCACCACCAGUGAGCAUGGGCGCAGCCUGACGUCGUUCUAUUCGCAAGUUGAAGGCAGUGAACCGACUGUUCUUCUGCUCAAAACUGAAGACGAGGAAGUCUGCGGUGCAUUCCUCUCGUCCGACUGGAGCGAAAGAAACAAAGGUGGUGGGAAGGGCCUGAGCUUCUUUGGCACUGGGGAGUGCUUCGUUUUUACCCUGUGCCCUGAGAUGGAGCGUUAUGAGUGGGCCAUCCUCCACCAGCCCAAGAUUGCGAAGGAAACCCACAUCCACUCCUCACCACACCUGAAGCCUCCCCCAGCCCUGGCCACUGAGGUCCCACCUCCUGUGACGCUGGCCGGCCCAGGAGGGACACCCCAGGAUCCCAGCUACCUGACUGUCCCGUUCUCCGUGCCCUCUGAAGGCCCCCCACCCGAGCCUGCUCCCAGGAAACCCCCAAAGCAUCCUUUCCCUGCCUCGAUGUUCAUGGCAGGGGGCACCGAAAGGAUUAUCAUCGGAGGCGGUGGGGGUCAGGCCUUGUGCAUUGCAGCUGACCUGCUGAACGGAUGGACAGAACACUGUGACACCUUCCAGAACCCCCCUCUCUGCCGAGACAGCUUCAGGAUUCAGUGCCUGGAGGCCUGGGGAAUCCAGAACUCUCUAUAACCCCAAUAAUAAUGUGAAAAAUGUAGUGAAUAGAAGAAGUUGUUAUUAUUAUUUAUUCGUUUGUUUGACGUUUUUAACAACGGUUAUUCACAGUUCAAAGUAUAUUUAAUUACUGAUUGUUCCCGUUGGCUUUAUUUUGAUUGCUCAAUAAUUGUGUUUCAUCUGAAUGAGCUCAAUGUUUAUAUAUCCAUUAUGUGCUGCACAGCAUAUUGGUGUGGUUAAUCUGUGUACAUAUUUUUGACCAAUUAAAGAAAAGGUUUCAUAUUCUAA